AUGCCGGGCGAUGUAGUCCCGCAGCUGAGGGGCUUCCCGGAGCGCCGUUACUCGCCUCCCGCGGGCCGCGUCCGCCUGCGCUCCCGGGGCUCAGGGGCUGGAUGCCGUCGAGGGGCGCAGUCUCCCGGAGGAACUCGAGUCGGGCGCCGCCGUCGCCUCGGCGGCCACUCUUCGCCUCCAAGCGGCUUGCCGGAGCCCCACCCGCCUCGACAUCUCCCCGGCUGGAAGAGCCACCGCGCCGUAACCGCCCGGCUCCCGCUCCGGCUCCCGCUCCCGCCAGCAAAGCCCCCGACUGGAUGUCUCUCGUUCGGACGGGCGGCGGACGAUAACAGCAGCGGGAAGCCGCGCCCUUCUCGUCGAAGAUUGGACGCCCAAGACCUGGUGGUCCAUCUUUCUGCAGCCAUCGAACUUGGAAACGAGGAGGAGGCCAUGCGGUGCGCUUCCUUGCUUGCCCAGCAGCACACAGCCCUGCACAUCCAGCUGAAGGAGUCCUGCUACCCUGCCAGCCAGAUCAGCAUGAAGGUGCAAGUGGAAGACGCCUCCUGCUCCGCCAACAUCACGGCCCGGGUCCACAUGCACACCACAAUCGCCGCCCUCAGGCACCAGGUCUUUCAGGAUUACGGAUUCCACCCCACUGUCCAGCGCUGGAUUAUUGGGCAAUGCCUGUGUGUGGACAACCGAACGGUCGGGUCCUACGGAAUCCGGAAGGAUGGCGAUACGGCCUUCCUCUACCUGCUCUCAGCAAAGGGAGCCAACCUCUCCGAGCAGCGUUACAAGGAGGACAAGGACUGGGUGGUGCUCCAGCCACCCCCCUCCUCCAUCCCUGGCAGCUCUGACGGCCGGCACAGAGGCGUAGCCAGUUCUUUGCCGAACAAAGGCGGGAAAGAGCCCAACAAGAAGACGGACCUUGGAGAGAUCACUCGCUUCCUGGACUCUGUGCAUAUGAGUAAAAUCCUUCCGUGCCGCACUCGAUCCCCCACGACCCCAGCUGCUGGCCCCAAUUCUCCUGGCUCCCUCCCUCCCUCCUCUGCCCAGGCCGGCUGGUCGUGUCCCACCUGCACGUUCAUCAACAAGCCCACCCGCCCCGGCUGCGAAAUGUGCAGCACCGACCGCCCUGCUGGCUACGUGGUCCCCGGGAGCUACCGGCCAGACGAGGUGGAGCGCUGGCGGAUGCAGCAGGAGAAGGAGGGCAUCCUGCAGUACCAGAAGGCCCUGGAGCAGGAGCGGCGGCAGAAUUUCCAGCAGCUGUGCCAGCUGGAGGACGAGGCUCUGGUGCCCAACCAGGAGGAGAUGGAAUGCCGGAUCUGCUACCUGAAGGUGGAGCCGGGCAACGGGGUGAUGCUGAGGGAGUGUCUGCACAGCUUCUGCAGAGACUGCCUGCGCCAGCUGGUCAACUGCAACCAGGACCCCCAGGUGUCAUGUCCCUUUCGAGACGAUUCCUACGCCUGCACCAGCCACCUCCAAGACCGGGAGAUCCGGGCGCUGGUGACCUGGGCUGAGUACGAGCGCUUCCUGGAGCGCCGGCUGGCUGUGGCCGAGAGCCGGGCGCAGAACAGCUACCACUGCCGGACAGCCGACUGCCUCGGCUGGUGCGUCUACGAGGACGACGUGAACGAGUUCCGCUGCCCCAUUUGCUGGGCCCUGAACUGCCUCGUCUGCAAGGCCAUUCACGAGGGCAUGAACUGCAAGCAGUACCAGGACAAGUUACGCUCCCAGGCUCACAACGAUGCCGCUGCCCGGGAGACUAACAACAUGCUGAAGACACUGGUGCAGAUGGGGGAGGCCAUGCACUGCCCCGCCUGCCGCAUCGUGGUGCAGAAGAAGGGCGGCUGCGACUGGAUCAGGUGCCCCGUCUGCCAGACAGAGAUCUGCUGGGUGACCAAAGGCCCACGUUGGGGGCCGGGGGGCCACGGUGACAUCAGCGGGGGCUGCCGGUGCAACGUGAACGGAGAGAGAUGCCACCGGCUGUGCCAGAACUGUCACUGA